AAUCGCAUUUUGUAGUGUCCUAGUUGUGAUGUGAUCGCGUACUCGGAAUGUAAUAUGUAGUUCAUGUCUUGUCGUUUGUUCUUUUCGUGUAGUAAUUAUACCUAUCAGUUUCAUAUUGUUCUGUGAUCGAUUCUUAAGCAAAUGAGGAAUCAAGAAAAGCUACUGUCAGCGUUCAAAGAGAGAAGAAUUGGAAGUUUCCAAUUACUUGUAAAAUGGCACACAGACGUUGAUUAUUUUUACGGUGAGCCUGAUAAUGGAACGUUAUUAGAUUUGGCCAGCAGGUCCCAGAACUGCGACGGCUGCGAGGAAUAUAUUUUCGAACUAAUACGACGCGGUGCUAAAGUUUGGCGCAGGGAUGAAGAGACUGGAAAAUUAGAGGUACAUGACAUUCUCAGUUCUUCAAACAUAGAUGUGUUGGAAUAUAUUUGGGGCGCUAUGUACAGUCGCUACAGUUCAUCCAGAUCAGGAAAUGGCAAUACUAAUAUUAUGAAAGUAGCUGUUGAUGAAAACGACAUCGAGGUAGUUGCGCUUCUAGCUCGCUCCUAUUCCAUAGUGCACCGUAAUUUCAGUCAUGUUUAUCCAGAUGGUCUACACUUCAUUCUACUCCAAGGAAGUAUUGAUGUAGUUCGGCUGUUCAUCAAGUACUUCGAUGUGGACAAGGAAUUUCAAGAGGAUUCGCUGGGACGCAUUUUUACUUGUCGCGAGAUGAUAUUGCAAAAAUUUCCGGAGCAGGAAGCAGAGCUCCCAACACAAUCAGUGAGCGAGCUCCAAGAGAUUUUAUUUUUUUACCUACGAAAACAUGUUCCCGAAUUAUUUGUCAGACGAAUAGCCGAUCCCGAGAUUAGCACAGAAAUUCUGAAUGAUGGACGACAAACAAAUUCUAUGAAGACAUAUUUACAUAUAGCGUGCGAACUCAAUUACGUCGAUGUGGUAGUUGCGUUGUUGAAUAAAAAUGUUCGCCCAAACGAGGUUGCUUCGUAUUGGUGUGAAUUUGCACAAAAUGCUGUGACGCCAAUAAUGCUGGCUGCCUUCAAGGGUCACUACGAGAUAUUCCAUAUACUCUUGAUCAGAUCCGAUGCUGAACUGCAAAAUGGAGGAAGUGGAUCAGUUUUGCAUCUAGUGUUGCAGGGUAUUCAAUUUAUGGAAGAUCGCAAUUGCUCAACAGAUGGUCACCGUAUGAUACUGGAAUUACUUCUAGAUGAGUACGAAAACAAUUCGUAUUAUUUGCCCCUCCCAAAUGUAUUUCGACACCGACUAGAUUUAGAACACACCGAUGAGGACAAUAGGACAGCUCUUCAUUAUGCAUUGAAAUUCAACAUCGAAUUCGCGAUUAAAUUACUUCUUAAGGUUGGCGCCAAACUGUACCCUACUGAUCAAUCUAUAUUGACUUGGAUGUCAGCUAGAAUCAUAAAAGGCUAUUUCGAUGACUGCAUUCGUUCAAACAGAGAAUUUGAGCGGAGCCGUAAGGAAAGAUCAAUAAUAUUCCAAUACAAAAUAUUCAGCCAUCUAGACCUAUAUUCCAUUGCUACCAAAAGCAAAGGGAGUUUCUUCGAUCGAUUUGAACCUGUAACCGAGCUCAGAAAACUAUACGUGCAUCCGCUCACAAAAAGCUUGCUCUAUUUGAAAUGGCGUCUCGUUAGAAAAUAUUACUACAUUAAUCUGACAUUCUAUUUAUUGUUUUGUAUAACUCUGAGCACGUAUAUAUUACAAAUUCAACAGUGUGUAACAUCAUCGACCAAUUUUAACAACUCAGCAUCACGCGAUGUAUCUUCGAUUCUGUGCGACGUAUCAUUUCGGAUGUGGCCAAUAACAUUGCUGCUUUACAUGAUACUAAUUUUACGAGAACUGUGCCAAUUUUCUGUCUCAAUUCGGAGGUAUUUCAGUAUACCAGAAAACUGGUUGGAAAUUACGAUGAUCGUGGUGAUUGGGUUUCUCUCCGCGAAUGAAUCCAAUACGCACUUAGCCGCAAUAGCUAUUCUAACAUCAUGGAUCGGUUUGAUAUUAUUACUCGGUAAGCUACCAUCACCAUCAAUCUACAUAGAAAUGUUCAAAACGGUGGCGUUGAAUUUUGCCAAAUUUCUCCUCUUGUACUCUAUUCUGAUCGCCUCUUUCGCGUACAGCUUCUUUAUUUUAUUUAGAAAUAAAACCAGCGGACACGCAUCGUCGAUGCAAAAUCAAACCAACCUCAAUAUUACAGAUGGAACGAAUGAAAAUUCGAUAAAUUGGUGGAAAGACCUGCAAAUGUCGUUUAUCAAAUCGAUUAUCAUGAUGACAGGCGAAUUUGAAGCUUCUACUCUGCCGCUUAGUUCGAGUUUCAGUUAUGGGCACGUGUUUUUCAUACUUUUCGUCUUCUUAGUCAGCAUGGUACUUUACAAUCUACUUAAUGGUUUAGCCGUCAGCGAUACGCGCGCUAUCAUGGAGGACGCUGAAUUAGUUGCUCUGAUAUCCAGAGGAAAACUCAUCUCGCAGAUAGAGCGCCUAGCCUUCAGCAAUCCAUUUCCCAAUGUUUUUAAAUGCAGAGCAACCGAACUCCUAGAAAGAGGAUAUAUAUUUUCGCGCAAUAAAUUAAUCAGUGACAGGAUACGCUUUGAUGAAACAAAGUGGGUUAAAGUAUACCCAACCAAAAAUAACAGAAUAGAAAUUUACGGUGAGCAUUUUGGAAAAAUGCCGUCCACCAUUGUAAAACAAGCCGAAGAAAUUGUGGAGAAACGAGAACAAUCCAAACUAGCCAAAAAUAAAAAUAAAAAUUCGUUGACUGAUGUCGCAAAAAACAACUCAUCCGAGCGUCAAUUCAUCAACGAAUUAGUUCAUCAAUUUAGCGAGCAAAUGAGCGGUUUGAAACUUGAAAACGACUCUAAAAUUGCUGCACUCGAUGAAAAAUUUGACAAAAUGAUGAAUAAAUCGUUCGAAAAUCAAAAUUCGUUAGUAGAUGUCACAAAAAACAACCUAUCCGAUUCCGAACAUCAAUCCGUUAGCGAGCAAAUACGCAAUUUGAAACUUGAAGUCGAUUGUAAAAUUGCUGCCCGUGAUGAAAAAUUAUUACAAAAUGUUGAUCAACGAUUUGAUAAAAUCAAUAAAUUACUCGAAUCCGUGUUACAAGAGGCGAAUCUUCUGAAGAACAAAGACUAAUUUGCAAUUAGGUAGAUAUGUAAAAGAAUUAAAAUGUACUUCUUUUUUUAUUCGAUAAGCUUCAUUUUUUCAGAUACUUUUUUAGUAAAAUUUUUACCAAGGUUGCUUGAUUUUUAAGCGCAUAGGUAUAGUAGGUAGGUACCUUUUUUUUUUAUGUUUCCGUUAAUUUUUGAUAAAAUUCAAGAUGCACCAAGUAAUAUGUAAUUAUUUGUAAUUUAUUCUUCGAAUUAUACUAAACUUUAUCAAACAAAUGCUUAAACAUGUUUUGUUUCAUUUCUCCUGCUGUUCAAGUUGCAAACCAAUCAGAAAGUAUUUGACACCUACGUCGCGUCGUCUUUUGAAAUUAUGUGUUUUUGUGUAUUUUUUAUAAUACCAUUUUUUUAUUUUUUUCAAUUCAAUAUCGUCAAUUUUCCAACAUUGGAAAUUCUUAAAAUUUAAUAUUUUUCAACUUGUAAAGAAAGUACACUUUUCAACUCGACACUUCGGAUUUGUGAUGCACCGGCCUUAAUCGAUUUUAAAACUUAUUCGUACCUAUGAUAGGACUAUAUUAAUUACAGCUGCUCUCUGAAACAGUCAAUUUUACUGCUUAGCAGUCACGACAU